GCAUGUAACUAUAAUUUUCAGCAGAGUUUAUUCUGAGUACACCUUUCCACAGUCAAUGUUUGAUGGAAAAUCGAAAUAGGAUAAGAUAUGAGGUAUACGAAACCACGGCCAUAGGGACGUUUCCACAUGGCAGCAGUUUGUAAACAACAUGGCGUCCCAUUCCUGCCCUAACGGUAAAAAGAACAAAUAAUGGGACAACUGUAUAAUGGAUGAAAAUUUUACACAAGUGCAAUAAGAAGUAUAACCGUGGAGUUGUUGUAACAGUCACCAUGGAAAAAUCAUACCAAUGGGAUAAAAAUGACAGGAACACAUCAAACUCAGCUGCAAAGUGCAGUACACCCCAAGGGAGAAAACUCAUACAACAGUCGGGUAGCCUGGAAAUCAUAGAUGGAAAUGUAUAUGGAUCAAAGCAGCAGAGUUCCGGUAACAGCAGACCUCCCUCACAGUCAUCAGAUAGGUCUUGGUCUAGAGCUUCUGUAGGGUCAAUUCCACCUCGUUCAGAUUCUUCCCUAAGUAAACGGACUCUGACUCCCACUAAACAGAUUUCUCUUCAGGCUGUGAGACGGAAAGAGGAAAGUACUGAACCCUUUGUGGAUCAUGUGGACUGGAGAUCCCUGACGCAGGACAGUAGUCACCGUGCAGCUUGGAGUGAUCCCUCCACAGAAAUUGAAGAUCAGAGCCAGCGUUUGGGCAAGCUGAAGUUACCAAAGCACAGAGAGGAUGAUGAGACUGCUGUUAUGGAGAAUGGGGAUGAGGAGGUGGAAGCAUCAGCUGCUUCCAAAGUGAUGACAGCAAAAGAGAUGAAUGCCGAGGAAAAAGAAGAAGAUGACAAGGAAACAGAGAGUACAGAUGAGGAUGAUGAUGAAGAUGAAGAUGAUGAGGAUGAUGAGAGUGAGAAGAAGAAACUGAGAGCACCGAAUGAAUUAUUAAUGGAGUUUGUAGACUGUCUGAUGAAGAAAGACUUCAAGGUGGCAGACAAGCUGUGCAAAAUGAUUUUGUUGUAUGAGCCGGAGAAUGCAGAGGCUCUCAAGUUCAAACCUCUCAUUGAAGAGAAGAUACAACUAGAUGCAGAAGCUGAAAAUGAAGAGAGUGAUGAUGAUGAUGAUGAUGAUUCUGAUGAAGAUGAUUCUGAUGAUGAUUCUGAUGAUGAUGACUCAAGCUCAAGUGAGGACUCUGAUGAUGAUGACGAUGAAGAUGGCAAUAACAAUGAAGCUGCUGGCAAUGAUCCUGUCAAAGUAGGUUCCUCUGAGAGGUCCACGAGUGACCCUCGAGCCAGACAGAAUGAUCCGAGUCAGAGGCCAUGGGCAUUCACUCUGAGGGAUCCAAACCUCCCGUCUUCCUCAAAGAACUGACAAUAGGAUAAGAGUGCUGUGUGAAUGACUGAUGGGCUGAACAUAUAGUGUGAUAUAUGAAUUCAAUUUUGAACAAAACUCACCUGAAAGUCUGAAGCGGUCAAAUAGAAAUUCAAAUUUUUUAUGAGAAAGUUUUUUUUUUUAAGUUAAGCAAAAUGAAUUUGAAUUUCUGCUACUGAAAGGUUGAUAAAUUCUCAAAAGACUGGUUGCUGAAAUUUGCUCUAUGAUCUUUCAUUCUGUGAGUACAGUUGUAGUUGUCUGGGAAAACCAGGUGGAAGAGGCACGCCUCUUUACCAAUAUAAGCAAAAAAUUAGUUUAUCCUUAUCAUGUUCAUUUUUUUCUUCAUAGUCCUGUAUGAAAAUUGUAAUACGAAUGUCUGAAUUUACUGCAAAUUGUCAUCCAGUUGUUCUGGUGCAAUUAGCGCAAAAUUUUGAAAAAAAUUUAUAUUGCAUAAUCUAUUGUGUUUGUUGCAUGGGCUCAAGGAAUAUUUUGUUAAAAUUCAAAUUCUAAAUGUUAUAAAAAGCAAGAGAAGGUAUAUGUGUCACGACGUGGUGGAAUCUGAAUCAGGCGCUUGUCAAUUUUUGGGCAUAUAGGAUUAUUGGUAUUUCUUUUGUUGACUUACGGAGCUUAAAAGAAUUCCUGGUGUCAAACGUUUUCAUGCUGCUUUCUAGGUUGAGUUGCUUCAAGGCAUAUUUACUGAAAUGAAAUAUUUUUUAGAAAGGUGUAAAAUGUGGACAUUUUUAUAAAUGCGAGGCAAUAUUAAAAUUUAUCUUUAAAAAUAA